AAUUCUAACGGUUGUGUGGAAAAUGGGAAAAAGUGAAGUCGAAAAAGCACCUAGUGCACCCAAAACCAAGAGAGAAAAAAUAUAUUCCCCUACUAAGGUACUGUAGUAGAAAUACUUUCAAUGCAGUUUAAUGUCAUGUCCCAAAUGAAAACAUUUGCCAAUUUUACAUCUCAAGACUUAGAUUUCUGCCUUGCCUUUUUCUAAGCUGCAUAAAAUGUUCCAUUAUGCACGUGUAUGUUGCUUUUUGAAAUAUCUCAAAGCUAAAAUAUUGCUCGCAAAAGCCAAACACCACUGUUCAAGUGAUAAUCUCUUGCCUUGCCUUGAUCUACGUACAAAAUAGUACUGAAAAACCUUUUUUCAGGUUAUAAUCCGUCGUCUCCCUCCAUCGUUUACCGAAGAGCAAUUGAAAGAAGAACUUGGAGAGUUUCCUGAACAUGACUUUUUCUAUUUUGUUGGCAGUAGCAUGAGGUAAGCUGAUCUUAAUUUGGUUAAUACGGUACUGGUAGGGGAAAGACAUCACUAUCAGUUAAGAGGCUUAAGAUAGACUCCAGAGCAUAAAAUGUAUCUCGGCUUCCACAACAUUAAGUCGCUUGUAGUAUUCCUACUUCUCCUAGGUGGAAUUCAGUUGUAAUCCGGCUUAUCCCAACCUAGCAAUUUAUAAAGUGAGCUUCUUCAGAAAUGCUCCUGCUAACAAACUUUCCCCUCCAACCUUAUGCCCCCAAGCCAGAGCUUAAAUUUUUUGACAAUCCCCCUCUUAAUAUUUUAUUUCCUUCUCUCCCCUUUUCCUAUGGAAAAAAAUAUCUUAUUUACGAUAGGGGACAACAUCUUUUCUGUUUUGUGUCAAUUUUAAUAAUUGUUUUCUUUACUUUCUGUUUACAGCUUUGGUCCUGUUUCUUUUUCAAGAGCAUACAUCAACUUUAAAAAUAGGGAUGAUAUAAUCAAGUUUAGAGAUCAAUUUGAUGGGUACUGCUUUGUGGACAGCAGAGGUAUGCUUAGGAAUAGUAUCUUGGUGGUUUUUUUAAAUUAUUAUUUUGACUGGUAUUGAUAAAUAACUGAAUAAGCAGCCAGUCAACAUCCUUUAACCUAUCAUACUGUUUCAGUGUGUCAAGCUCUUUGUUACACUAGCCUGUUCAAAAAAAACCUUGUGAUUGUUCUGUAAGUCUUUCUCUCAGUCUUUCUGUUGUUAUUUCUUUCUUCUGUGGAUCAGUCUUUUACCUAUCUUUUUUCCCAUGUGUUUCUGAGACUGUGGCUUAGUUAGUCACACUUUCAAUCACUUCAUCAGGCAGUCAUUCAAGUUCCGUAAACAAUCCGUCAUGCACUCAUGAGUUUCUCUGUCAGUGAGAUAAGUCACUCAGGCUGCCUAUCAUGCAUUCCUAAAAUAAAAAAAAUUUAGGUGAAAACAUUCUUUUUUUUUAAUUUUAGUUCUUGAUGCUCAUGCUCAAAUCCCUAUCUUUGAACAGUUGUUCCAAUAGUCAUUAAGUAUCAAGAGGCUUUUUUUCUAUUGAUGCCACUAGUCUUUUUCUUUAACAUCAGGUGUAGAAUAUCCUGCUGUUGUGGAAUAUGCUCCUUACCAAGCUGUACCUAAAAAGAAAGUAAAAAAAGAUCCAAAGAUUGGAACUAUUUUGGAAGGUGCGUACAAGAUUUUUUUCAUUUCCCUUUGGGAUACUAGACAUGCAUAACUGAUCUCUUCACAAAUCCAAUGUAAACCAUUGGGAAAGUCAUUACCAAUAUCGCUAGCUAAGAAGGUCAGGAUAUGUCUCUGAAUUAUCCUGCAAGUGAGAUAGCCACAGACAAUCUCAAAUGCUACACCCUCUACACCCUAACAUCAGUAUGCAUAUUCUCCAUACUUUUUUCCAUACAGUUCCUAAGGUGCUGGCAAAGAGAAUUUGUUUAACAAUUGGGAGCUUGUUAAGUUGGUGAUCAUUCCCUCUGUUCUCAUGAACUUAAUGUUUGAUCCAGGGGUGAUAUUGUCAGGAGAAAUUAGAUACUAGGCAGUCUUUGACUAUGAGAUCAGGUUUUAAUAGACCAGGCCCCUGUUGUUUGAAGGACAGAUAAUGCUAUCCACUGGAUAAAUGUCUAUGCAGUAGAUAAUGCAGUACAUUUUGCCUUCACUUUUGCACUGGAUUGUAAUUUAUCUGUUGGAUUGCAUUAUCUGCCCUUUAUACAACUUGGCCCAGAAGGAAAUGGCAUUGGGUAAGGCUAGGACAAGGCUAGGACAAGGGUAACAUCUAAAAAGAAGCUGUGUUUUGGACACCAGAUGGGUAAAGGAAAGGUUUAGGACCCAAAUUUCGUUGAGAUGGAGCAUUAGAAAAGAGCUAGUAUGGCACAAGAGCAGUCCAAAGUUGGAGUACUUCGGAGGCAUUAUGCAUGGCUAUAAGUUGCUAAAAUGACAGACGAUUUUGAUGAUUUUAUUUAAUUUCCUUUCAUUUUUUAUAUCAUCAUCAGAUCCUGACUACAAGGCUUUCCUGGAAUCACUGAACAAAGAUGAGGAGCCUCCCCCAAGUGUUGAGGCUCAUUUGGAGGAGAUUGAAGCUAAGAAAUGUAUUAACAGUGUUUUAAUUGUCAUCGUAAAUGAAGAAUUUAGAGAAUGAAUAAAUUGUAUGUAUGUGAAAUUUUACUUAUUACAAGAUUCAUCAUAUACAUAGACUUUUUAUAGACAUCUUUAAGAAAGAAUUUAGAGAUUUAAUUGUUUGUAUGUAUGUGGGGUUUCACCAAGUACUCAAUUCUUUACAUACUUAUACUUGUCAUCUUGAAAAUGGAAAUUUGGGAUUAAUUAAGUUGCAUAAAUGUGGAAUCUCUCUUAUCACUAGCUUCAUCCAGUGCAGCAAAAAAGAGCACACCACUACUGGAGUACUUGAAGAUGAAGAGAAGUCCUCGUGGAAGGCCUUUGUCAUCUGUAAGUACAAUGAAAUGUGCAAGAAAAUUAAGACAAGCUUGCAAGCUCAUGUAUCCAAGAGCUUGUACACCAGGCUGUACAGUAAAUCCCCAACCCUCUACCCUAAGUGACAAGUUUCUACCUGACAGGCUCCCACUCUCUAAUGCAUCUCCAUUCCUCUCUCUCCUUUCAAACAAAGUCUAUGAAUUGGACUUGAAACACUGGUGCUUGAAGCUUGUAUUCAGUGUUUUCCAGAAGACUCGGCGGCUGGAUUCUUCCCCGGCUACUCGUACCUGAAAUUCUGAAUGCUUGACAGAGAACCCUCCGUACUUCUUUCUACUUUAUAUAUGGUCUAUUUUAAAUCUUAUGAUCUCCUCUGCCUUUUCUUCUGAUCACAGCGGAAUAUUUCUGACAAGAAGAGAAGGGCCGACCGAGAGGAACUACCGAAGGUAACAUUUCACUGUCGUUGUCUUGUUUUGUCUUGCGUUAGCUAUUGUAUUAGAUGUCAUGUGUUGUUAAGUUUACGUACUUGUGAGAUAAGCUGUAUGACGUGGUUUUCUACAACUAGGAAAGGAAAUGAUGGAAGGAAGAGUUUGACCAUCUGCACUUAGUUGGUGUUCAGUAAACUAACAACCCAAGUGAGGUUCUAAAAAUGGUUACAAUUCCCACAAAUCUUCCCUCGUCGUUUGUUUCAACUAUCAAUACCUACAGAAUUGGAGUUGUAUCAUUUCGUUUGUGGUUCCAUCGGCAAUCUCGUCCUGUCUCGCAUAAAUGUUCUGCAUUAUCCUUCUCCUAUCCCCAUCCUGAACAGCAUUAGAGCGUCCUAUGGCCUUCCUAUCUUGGUUAGCAGCUUAGUCAUCUCCCGCCAUACAGUCCCUUCCCGUAGAAUUGUCCUGUCCUGCACUAUAAUUAUUUUAACUGAAGCAUCAUACAGUCUUCCCAUGCGAGACACGCAGAACACAUGUCGCGUGUCUCGAUCAUCGCGUUUCGCCAUGUUUGUCUCCGCUCGCCUUAGAUACUGCGCCUGUCCAGCGGGUGAAAGUAAGUCUAAUUAUCAGUGCAAAUCCUAUUCGGAAAGUAGACAAUUUGCUCUCACGCUGUUGCCCUCCUUCUGCAAUUGCGACGCGCUGUGCAUACAUUAGUAGCACUGGUUAACAGAUUUGUCAUAAAAUUACUGUUGCUUCUCUUCUGUUUACUCGCGUAUUUUAUUAUUUUAACCAGUCGCCGAAGAAAUCGUCGAAUUUGUCUUCCAGCAAAGAUUCUGGUGGUAAAAGUGGCAGCCAUCCGCCAAAGGAGGAAAAGCCUAAAGACGAGUAUGACAAUUAAACUUAAUUUUUAUGAAAAAAGAAAGCAUUACUGAAAUAGUAGCACACGCAGAGACCGAAUGGUUAGCGCGCGGAACUCUGGGUAGGGAGGUGCAGGUCACUAUGUUCUUGAGAAGAGCAGGAAACUAAAAAUAAAGGAUAAUCAUCAGUGGUAUGGGCUUCUUGGCUAAACAGCAGACUUAAGUUUCUUUUUCCCCCAAUUUAUCCAUUCCGGAGAGUAUUUAACCGUUUAUUUAUCCAGCACUUGGCUGGCUUUUCUUGUUAUCCUUAGUAGGUGCGAAUGAAAAUAAAAAAAAAUUAAAAAAAACAAAACAAAAAAAAAACAGUAGUGUGCAAAGAGUUUUACAUUAGGGUGUGCAGAGGUCAUGGGUUCAAAUCCCGUACGGGCCUGAAAUUUUUUUCAGGUCCUACUUACAACUACUAGUUUCAGUAGUGUUCUUAGCUGCGAGGAUCUUCUAAUUUCAUCUUUCCACCGCAGUGCAAAUAUGUGAAUUUUCAUAUAUCUAAAUCUUCAGUUUUACAUUAGUUUACAAAGUUUUCCGGUGUCGUCUUUUAUUUUAAUGGCUGUUACCUAUCGACAGAAUCUUUAUCCAUGAGAUGAUAUUGUCUCAAGUGAAACUUUUCAAAAUCACCAGUUUGAUUUUUCCAAUGUUUUAUCCAGCAGGAAAGAUGCAAAUGCCAAAGAAGGAACUCGAAAAAAAGAUGAGCAGGAUAGAAAAGGCAGCAAAGACACAAAGGUAAUGACAGUGCUCGUUAAAAGCACAGAGUCCUCCUACUGAAAAUUAUAAAACGAGUAUAAAUUUUGUCUAGGGUGUCCUUGGUUUGACUAGGGGUCUCCAUCGUCUAACUUGUACCAAGUCUUCUGUGAGACAAACUUCCGUUGAUGGAUUGGAAGGGAAAAAAAGAGGCUUUCCUUUCUAUUCCGCCUCCCAUUCAUCCCCUUCAUAACUCAUCUUUUUCUCUCUCGCACGCGCGUGCUUCCAGGUACAGUUAAGAGACUUGUUAGCUACAAUGUGCCUAACCGGGUCUUUUUAAGUAAACGAUUUCAUGGCUGGCAAUCGCCGAAAACCUCCCGGGGACGCGUUAAGCACCGCUAAAACCUGUGAGCGGGCUAUCGUUAGGAGAUAAUACUGAGUGCAUGUUUUUAAAUGUGAGUACUUGACUGCCUGAUAUUUUCAUUACACCAAAGGUUUGCUAUUUUUGUUUUGAAACAGGCAUCAUUGUCUUCCAAAGAGAAGUCUGAUUCAAAAUCUCCUGCGAAAGGAAAAGAGGAAAAGGUUGGUUGCAUCUGAGAUUCUUUUUCUCGUUAUCUUGUAAAAAAGUUACAUGUCAUAUGUGAAUUCCAUAAUUUUUAUUGAUUUCCUCAGGGUCGACCUGAAUCAGGAAGAUUCGGAAGGAGGUCCGACAGCCGACGCUCCGACGAAAGACGACCAGAAGACAGACGAAAUAGCAAUCGUAGAGACCGAAGAGAUACUGGUGAUAGUUCCGGAAGCGAUCGAGUACGUGACGAUCGCUCCCGAAAAGAAAGCGGGAGUGACGGAAGCGGGCGACGCGAUCGAAGACCAGAGAGUCGACGGGAUUCGCGACCAGCUCGAGAACCCGAAGAUAAGCCGAAAGGAAGAGAGCCCUUACCUAAAGCAAGCGAUGCUGAUAAGGGCGGGAAAAGUGGUGGGGAGAAAGAGAAGGAACAGAAAAAAACCACAUCAAAGGCAAAUGAAACGGAGAAAAACAGAAAGGAGGAAGACAGCUCAGUAGCUGGUGAUGCAAAACCCUCCAGAGAAGAAGAGAAGGGAGCGGCCAAAGACGAGAAAGUGCGAAGCGAAGAGGAGACGAGUAGGCAAAGACGAUUACGAAACAAGGUAAAUAAGCGUCAACUAGCAGAUUGGCAAUUCGAUUUUCAGUUUUCAGAUUUUUAAAUCACACUAAAGUUUGCUUUGCAUGGCCACACGUUUUCCCGCCCAUAAAUUUUAUUUAGGUCGUCAUCUGCCAUCUUUUUUUUCGUUACCUCGCGCAUGACUCUUCAAUACACACUUUGCAUGAACAACGUUAGUGACUUCUUUGGAGGAGACCAGUGCUAGUACGGUUCCCUGUGAGAUGUCAUUCCAAGUCUUUUAUCUUGGGCUCUGUUAUUCGGCCAAGAUAUAGAAAAUCAAGAUUGAGUUACCACCAGUGAAGAAUCUGUUCCUGACAUGCUGCCAUUAAAAAAUCUGAUUAACUCUGUGCAGUAAGAUUCUUGGCCGUCAAAAAAUGUUGUAUUUGUAAUUUUCUUAUUUUUUUUUUAUUUCUGUUCACGAGCGAUAAGUUUAUGUCUGUUUUAUCUUAGGAUCGUCCUGAUCGAGCCAUUUAUCAGCCAAGAUCAGCUUCACGAGGAGCAGGCUCUAAAAGUGACGCUCCUAAAGGAACAGAAUCACCAGGUUGGUAAAUAUCAGAAGUUUUUCACCUGCUGCGCUUCUUGUCUACUUCGUAGUCUUUCUUUGGGAUGUCACGCAGUAUAGUUCCCCAACAGAUGUCUUUUUUGAAUAGAGCGCUCUAACGAAAAGUUGCAACAAGAGGAGAUUAGUUUUCCUCAAGAUAGUGUAAAAAAAAAGACGAGUAUUAAAUUUUGGGAUCCAGAAAAGGGAAAAUAGCAUUAGGUAAUUGUGUCCCAGACCUGGAGUAAUGAUGAUCAGACAGAGAAAUGAAUAAUUAUCAAUGAUUAUUUAACACAAGUGUUCCUUCAGUAUUCAUCAGGAAACGAGGUAAUUUUUCUUAAAGAAUGAUCUGUGAGCAUUGCUUCCCAGACUUGAGUGGUAAAGAUGUGCUUUCGUCAAGCAAAUUUGCACAUUUCAAUGUUUGCGGACAAGAUAGAAAAGCUUAUUCCGGUAACCACGACAUAAAGCGACUAGGAGUAUCACUAAUCCACCCUAGAUGGGAUUCUAGUCCAUCGUAAGGUUAACACCACCCCCCCCCCCCCCUCCAGAAUUUGAUCAGGCUUUCCUGACAAUUCACCGGUACCCAUAUGUACUCCUGGGUAAAGAGAGGCGCUGAAAGAGAGAAAUGACUUGCAGAACACAACACAUUGAUUCAGCUUUGAUCUCGAACCAGGACUUCUCAAUCCGAUUUUUUUCCUCGACUUUCCAUGUAAUUCAUAACUUUGCGAAAGAAAUGAAAUAUCAAAGAUUUUCGAUUUUUUUCUUUUAGAAAAAGAAAGAGGCAAGGACUCCAGGACCAAGGAGAAGAAUCGUGAAGCAGAACGUGAAAGUAGAAAGAACCGUGAUGAUAAACCGCGCGAUCGAUAUCGUGACGAUCGAAGAGAGCGUGACAGAGACCGUGACAGAGAUCGACGAAGCGAUCGUGAUAGAGAUCGUGAACGUGAUCGUCCGCGAGAAAAGACGCGUGAGCGUGACCAGGACCAAAGUGAAUUCACGAAAGAAGAACGAGACGAGCGGAAAAAAGCUGAAGCCAACGAAAGCGUCUCCGACGAAACUAAGACAACAACUUGUGAAUGAAAAAUCCAUCAAUCCUUGUUUUUAAUCUUGACGCCAAGUGCUCGUAACAAAGACUCCUCCGAAAAAAUGAAUACUUGAUAAUGCCACUUUGAAAUUGCAUGUUUAGACACUCUUUUGCAACCGUUACGUUAGCAGCUAUGUACAUUUAAAAAUAUAAAUCUAAUUAUUGAAGACAUAAAAAAACAAUUUUUCUUGCUUUUUGUUUAGGAGUUUAACCUUUAAACAGAGCUAGCGUACAACAGUGACUUACAAUUCCAUGAAACUGGUGAGUUUCUGGCCGUAGUAAAACUGUGCGCGUGCUACUUACAGGUGAAAAUUGUAUAUUACAAGGGAAUUACUCUAGUUUGAUUUUGCAAUCUACUACACUGCAAUAUUGAUAUCAGUAUUCACAGCAGUGCGUUUGUUUUGUACUUCACAGGAACUAGUAACAUUUUCGGCAAACAGUUCCAAUCAAGAAAAACUUGCAGAUAUAUGAUUUAAAGAAUUCUAGUUAUAUUUCUGGUACCUUCAAGUUUUGUAAUCAUCAGCUCAGAAGUCCCGUCCCCACUCUGCCCCGUCCACCCUUUGGAUCCUACAACAACCAUGACCCUUCCUAUAUUUAGCAAACCACACCCCCAUUCCCCACUACAAUACAUUUCGGCAGCUGUCGAACCGGACUACUCGAAAACCGUGAAUAAUUUAGUAAUGAAACUAAGUGCUGAUUGUUUGUAACGAUAGGAUCACGUGAUCUAACUUUCUUGGAAAGCGCCUCGCGGUGGGAAAGUCUUACUGCGACAUUUAAGGAGGAACAUGGCUUACUUGUUUUCGAUUUUCGUUAAAAUUUUUGGUAUCAUGGCCUGGUUUCUCAGCCAGGAUAUUCCUAAGGGAUUGCCGGACGAUCAGCUAACGAGUCUACAAGUGAGCGGUGUUAGUAUGGAUAUCCUGCGCUUCCUGGUAAGGACACUUGCAGCUGUCGAUUAGCUUGUCGUUGAUAUUAUUUUCAGUGAAUGGACUAGGUCGGUAGAAUGGCCUCGUCGAUUCACAAAAAGUCUAGCUGGACUUCAGCUUUUACACGCUGACACAUAAAGUAUAAAUAAAGCGAUCACAGCCACAUUAGAAUUCAUUGAGUGUUUAUCAUAAAUUGCGAAACUUUUAAACGGAGAAGGAUGGUCGAUAUCUAUAUUGUUAAACUACUUUUGAGUUGCGAUCUAUGACCUAAAAAAUCCUCCAAUUUUAAACAGAGAGCAAAAACGGACCAAGCAACUGAGAAAUCAUUUGGCCCGCUUCCGCCCCUAAGCUUUGAAAACGUCGCUCUUGAUCAAAAAGUUUAUUUUUAAUUAUUUAUUUCUAGGGGUAUACGGCUUCUUUAUUUGGGAAAGGGGAGUCGAUCGAAUAUGUUAAUUGGGGACUUCAGUGGUUAUCAUGGAUGCACCCUAAGGAUGAAGAAUCAGAAAAAUUAUUGGAAAUUUGGAAUGAAAAGAUAGCCAACAUCCAUGUACGUUUUUAUAAACCAAAAACCCUUGGCAAAAAAACUACUGGUGUGGUUUAUUUUCAUGGUGGUGGAUUUACUAUUGGAAGUGUUGGUAGGUCAUGAUAUCAACCCUUUAAUUUCUAGAAGUGAUCAAAUAACAUGUAACUUCUCCUAGUAAUAUCCAUACAUUAUUCGGCAAACAGGUAACGAGAAUACCCAGACUUAUCAGGUAGAAAUAGUUAUCUUGAUCUAACACCAAGUUCCUAUAAAUUAUAUGAAGGAAAUGUGUAGCAGCUAGAGGGGAGAAUUAACACUGAUCAGAUCUUGGGAGUUAGAGGGUUGAUAGGGUAAUUUAUCAGUGCCUGCUGGUAACAUCAGGAAACAAAUUUUUGAAUUGGAAAGGACAAAGAGAAGGGGAAAUGGAAGCCUGGAAAAAUUGAGAAUGAGAGGUGAAAGAGAGGUACUAGGCCUGGACACAACAUAUUACAAUAAACAUAAAUGAUUAAUUUAGCAACAUGAUGGCUCCUUUAAAUCCUUUCUGUGGGCACCACAUUUCCAACAAAAUUAAGCCUUGAAACAUGCCCUUUUCAUCUUCUCAAAAAUUUGCAUCAGUUCUUCGUAUUAAUUGUUUUUAUGAAUUAUUGUUUCAGAUCAGUUUCAUCUAUUCACCCUGCUGUUAGCUAAAAAAGCAAAUGUUGUGCUGGUUUCUGUUGAGUAAGUGUUCCACCCACUGAGUCUGGAUUUCUACUGAUGCAUGGUUUUACAACAUGAUCUACUGAACCUUACAGUGGGCUCAGAUUUCUUUCUGUCACCUGUCACAAAUAUUUCCAACAUCUUUCUUUAUUUGACCACAGAGCUCAUACCAUCUUUCUUGCCUAGAAUCUUGAUCCACACAAGAUACUUUUGAUAAGCUGAUCCUAGCUACAUAUGCUUUGGAAAGCAGCUUGGUGGAUAUGCAGGACCUGAAAACCAAAAACUUCUCCUAGUUAACUCUCCCACCCCUGGAUCUUUUUAUUAAUUCUCCUUACUGUCUGCCAUACAAUUUUAAUGAUGUUUGUUUGGAGAAUUUGGUAUUAGAUCAAACAAUAAUUCUCUAAUUGAUAAUUUUUUUUGAUUCUCAUUACUUAUCUUCUUGAUAUUGUUUUGAUAUUGCUAGGAGAAAUCUUUCUUAAUCAUUCUUUAGAGUUAAAAGGGUUAUAUGAGCUUAAUUGAUAAAGCAUUCGGAAUAACAAAAUCAGAACCUUUCAAGACUCAAUACCUUACACCUUUGAGAAUGAAAAAAUUAUAUUUUGUUCUUUAUCAGCUUUAUACCUAUGCUUUUAAGCAUUCGGAAUAACAAAAUCAGAACCUUUCAAGACUCAAUACCUUACACCUUUGAGAAUGAAAAAAUUAUAUUUUGUUCUUUAUCAGCUUUAUCCCUAUGCUUUUAAUAAGUGUUUAAUAUUUCUCCAUCACACACACAAGUAUUUUUGGUAUAAUAAUUUCUUUGGACGCAAAAGAGCAAAUAAAUACAUUAAAUUGGGAACCUAAAAAUUAACAAAAAUCAGUAUACUUGGUGGAAUUGCAAAAAAUGACCAAAACUUGGUUUGUUUUUGUAUUUCUUGUGUUCUAUUCAUUUGAUAAUAAAAACUACUCCUAAUUCUAGCUCCUUUGCUCACAAUGACAGGAUAAAUUCAAGAUAAUAAGACUUACAACUCAUCACUACUCUGUAUGUCUCUAAACUUUGUAGAUACAGAUUAGCACCCAAACACACCUUCCCUGCCCAGUUCCAUGACAGUUAUGCUGUUGUUAACACCCUGCUGGCCACUGGAGCGAAAUAUGGUAUUGAUACAAACCGUAUUAUUGUUGCUGGAGACAGUGCUGGUGGUAAUCUAGCAGCUGCAGUUGCUCUCAAGCUUCGAGAUGAGGACAAACAUCUGGCAGCUGAGGUAAUGUUACCUUGAUCUACCAACCAGCCUUCGUAAGACCCUAUUGAUUUCUUUUGUAAAGGAAAGUUACCCCUAAAUACCUCUAUUACCUAGGUUAUCAUGGCAAUCACAAGGUCACUGUGGUAACAAAUCUUUCAUGCAAAGCCAGCUACUUAACUGAUCUCAGCUCAUCAUUGUCUGGCCUAUUGCCAUUUGAGUGAUGAAACACCUUGCAUGCUUGAUUCAAUGCAAACUUUAUCCUUUGCAAGUCAGAGCCAGUUCUUUAGGAAUUUUUCUUCAGUUGAUGCUUUAUUUCCCUUCACAUACUGUUGUUAAAUGAAGUAUUUUAAGUUUACAGAACAAUGUAUUUGUGAAAUGAUUACAUAUGAGUUGCUAUAAUUGUUGGUUACAUCUCAAAGGUUGGCUUUAUUUGGGACCAUGCAGUUGUUCAUUGUUGCCUGAGGAUGGAGGAUUUUAGGGGGAACAGAGGAGACCAGUUGUCACAAAAUUGAUUGCCAAUGAGAUGGGGGGUCAUGGGGGGGUCAUAAGAAUAUUACAGUGCCUUAUAGGGGAUCAGGUAAAUUUUAUCCUGACAUGAUCAAAUUCUUUUGAUCCCCCUCCCCUCACUCCUAAGGCAAAAAUGAUUACUUGCUUUCAAGUGGUCUUAGUAUUUUCUUGUGGGAAACAUACAUUUUUUAAAUUAUAGAUCUCAACUAGAAACUAAAUGUCAAAGAUUGGGUGAUUAUUUUUAACUUUUCUUCUGUUUUGAUUGCAGAUUCUCAUCUACCCUGCACUUCAGUUCAUGGACUUUUCACUUCCCUCGUAUCAAAACCAUGGCUCUCGACUCUUGUCAUUGGAACAAUUGGCAGGUUACUGGUCAUAUUACAUGACAGGAUCAGCUGACACGGUCUCAUCCUUUUUGGCAAACAAUCAUUCCAGGCAUCUUCGCAACACAAAGUACUCCUCUUACAUUGGGGUUGGUGAAAAGGGACAACAAAAUCAACAGAAGAAGCCAUUACGUGGAAUUCCAGUAAUUGUUUUAGAUAGUCUGGUGGACUAUAGAGCAUCACCUUUAAUGGCAAAUAGUUUAAAGGGGCUUCCCAAGACGUUAAUCAUUACAUGUGAAUUUGACAUCUUAAAGGAUGAUGGUCUGUUGUACAGGGCUCGUUUGUUGGAUGCUGGUGUCAAAGUGACCCAUUUAAACUACAUGAGCUACCAUGCCUUUUUGGCAAUUCAAGCAUCACCUUACUUUGUAGCUGAGGAGUUUAAUCAGGCAUUGAGAGAUAUAGUUGACUUUGUGAAAGGAGUGUAAAAAAGUCUAAAAAUAUGCAUAAAUUUGAUUAACAAAACAUUUAAGGCAUUUUUGAAGAAGACUUUGGUUAUGAGAAAUGGUUGUUGUAAAUGUACGCUUCUAAAAAUCUCCAGACUGCUUAGGUAUGCUGACAUACGUACCAUAGAACUUUCAAGAACAUUUCAUCACGUCACGCAGUCAUUACGUAAUAGUACUUAAAUAGUUCUUUUGUAAGCCUCUGGAAUGUUCCAGAACACUUUGUGAAUGUAUAUAAAGACUCGGUUAGGUAGUAGUAGUAGUAUUUAUUGUUGUUGUCAGGGGUGACCGACUGUUUAGAAAGCUAUGAGAGAGAGUAACAGUAGAAGAUUGCUAAUUUCAAGAAACGUUGUGGAAAACCUUGAGUUCGGCUCAGGGGUGAGCUAAGAUAUUGACUGUAGUGGGCUUAAGUAAGUUUGUCGAGCAUAAGUACUGUACUGCCUUCAGUAGUCGCUUGUUAUUAAGAAUAUCAAACACUUGUUUAUUGAAGUUGUUAAGUUUGUAGGAUUGUAGUGUUUUUCUGUCGGUUAGAUUAUAUCCAUUCGUAACACAUUGCAUCCUCUUCGUCUUGAUUCACAUCUUGAACAGGGUAUAAAAAAGUAUAAAUGUCUAGUUAAGUUUAUUUAAGCAAACAAUUUUAUGAGUUUUUUUUUAAGACAUUGCAUGAUCCUAUCAAUCUUGAUUCAUUCGUUCAAGAGAAACAUUUUUGACACGUUUUGAAAUGUUAAACUUCCGCACAAGAGUAACCCUGGACUAGACUAACUCUCAGGGUCUUAAAAUACUAAACUGGAGGAGAAUGUGCUGAUUUUGCUCUGACAUCUGCAAAUGGUUAGACAUUCUAGUCUUCUCGGAUAAGGACGAAAACUGAUGAUCGGAGAUAGUAAAAGAAGACGCUAAAGAACCCACACACUUCUUUCAAAGAGUAGGAAGCCCAGCUCCCAGAGUUGUGAUCUGGCCUUGUAUUCCGAAAAAAAACUUCUAAACUGGGGCACCUGUCAAAAUUCCUUUCAAGUAUUGUAGACUGCUCAAUGCAGUCUGGCCAAAGUCCCUUGCAAAGUAUUGUUAAAAGCGUAAUAGAGCAUAUUCACUUAUAUAGCGAAAUUUUCAUUUUAUGGAAAAUGCGCGAAAGAAAUGCAUCAUUGUUUUAUUCAUUCCAUGUUUGUUUAUCAGCCUGACUGAGUGGCGCUAAAAGCAAGUGACGUUCAGCAGCCGAUUGGCGAGUCAAACACGUGAAAAAAAUAUCGUAAUUUUUCAGAACGUGAGUUGUUAUGGCUUUUCUCAAGGCUGGAAAUCCUUGUAUAACACCGUAGAUUAUAUAAAAAUGCUACUAAACGAUGACAAAACAGAAGUUCUGAUGAUUGGCUUUAAGUAGCAACUGGCAAUCGACAUAAUUACAACUGGAUAAUCUGACUUACUACCUAAGUCUACCAUCAAUGGUAAAGAACCUAGGUGUGUUGUUUGAAUCCACUUUAACGAUGAAUACACAUGUUAAUAAGAUAUGCUCAACGGCUUUUAAUUAUUUGUAUGAUCUAGGAUGAAUUAGGACAUAUUUAUCAAGAGAGUCCACCGAGACAGUUAUUCGUGAGUUUGUAUUAAGUCAUGUCCAUUAUUGCCAGCUUAUCAGUGAGACAGGGUAAUUUAGAUUUAUCAACUGAGUUGAUAACCCAGACUUUCACUCAACAAAACGAGCACUGUGAUUGGUUGAUGUUUGGUCAUGAGCCCCUGAUCAAAUACAAUUGUAUCCCGACCGGGCUACAAUUGCGCAGUUGUCGCAAGCGCGCCGAAUGUAGCAGCAUGGUUUUGACAUAUGAUUGUUAGAGGGAAAGUCUAAAUAUAUAACAAAGCACUUAAUGUAUGGUCUCUCGGGAAACAAGUUAGUUUUGUUUUCCUGAGUGUCCUGAUGUUUCCCGAGAUGAAGUCGAGGGAAACAUCAGGACUCUCCGGAAAACAAAACUAGCUAUUUCCAUCGGGACCAUACCUUUAGUGUAUAUUGGCCACCGUUUCAACUCAGCCUGUUGUACUCUCCCACCGACGUAGCACCGCAAUUUCUUUAGAAAGUUACCCCCUUUAACCAUUUAUCAGUAAGAGAAACUACAAAGAGUCCAGAAUGCAGCUGCCAGAUUAAUAUUUCAAAAACUAAGACAUUGUCGAACAACUCCUCUUUUAUGUAGUCUUGACUGGCUGCCAAUUGUUUUUGCAUAGAGUUUUAAAAGAUGUUACUAUUGACGUAUACAAUUCACGGUUGCGCUCCUGAUUACAUUGGGGAGCUUAUAAUCAUUGUUAUUUUAUUAUUAUUGUUAUUAUUAUUAUUAUUAUUAUUAUUAUUAUUAAUUGUUCAUAAAACACAUUGGUACUUGAGUUUGUGCUGUCCUAGUCAAAGGAAGCUUUAGUCGUUGCGUGACAGUAGGAUCAUAUGAUCCAGCUUAAUACGGAAAAAAAAUCUCGCAAAGGGAAAGUGCGCUGUGACAUUCAAAGAAGAUCAUGGCUAACUUUUUCCUUAUUUUCAGUCUAACUGUUGGAAUCUUUUUUGGCAUUAUCGUGGCCUGGUACAAUAGUCAGGAAAUUCCAAAGGGAUUGCCCGACGAUCAGUUGAUGGGUCUACGAGUUUUCGGUACUGGUAUGGAUAUACUCCGCUUUCUGGUAAGGACACUUGCAGCUGUUGAUUACUUGUCGUCGAUAGAAUUAUUAUUGAAUGUUGGAUUAGGUCGGUGGAAUCACUUCGUCGAUUCACAAAAAUUUUUGUUGGACGAUUCACUUUUCUACGCUGGCACGUACUGUCAAGGUAGAGUAACUAAUCAUUGCAGCCACAUUAGAAAUUAUAUGUUCAUCACAAAUUGCGAAAUUAUUUAGUUGACGGAGAAGGAUAAUCGAUCGGGUUGCUAUGACUCUAUGACUCAGAAAAUCCUCCGAUUCUAAACAGGGAACUAAGAAAUAAUUUGGCCCACUUCCACCCCUAAGGUCUAAUUGAAAGCGUCGCGCUUGAUCUGAAGCUUAUUUUGAACUACCGGUAUUCUCUUUUUUCAAGGCGUCUACAGCUUCAGAUAUUGGGAUCGGGGAGUCCGCAAUGGAAAAUACUAAUUUGGGACUUCAAUGGUUAUCAUCGAUGCUCCCUGAAAGUGACGAAUCAGAAAACCUCUUGGAAAUCUGGAAUGACAAGAUAGCCAACAUCCCUGUACGUUUUUAUAAACCAAAAAUUCAUGGCAGCAAAAGAACUACUGGUGUGGUUUACUUUCAUGGCGGUGGAUUUACUCUUGGAAGUGUUGGUAGGUUGUAGGAGUCCUUUAGCUCCAAGAAGUGAUAAACUAACAGUCAUGUAACUUCCCCCAGAAAUAUCCAUCAUUAUCCACCAAAUUAGACAGGUGAUGAAAAUACCCAGACUUAUCAGAUAGAAGCAGUUACCCACAUCUAACACCAAGUUCUUGUAAAUUAUCUAAAAGGAACUGUGUAGCAGCUGGAGGAGAGAAUUAACAAUCAGAUUUUGGGAGUUAACCCUUCAACUCCCAAAAUCAAAUGAUUAAUUCUCCCCUCAAGCUGUUACACAUUUCCUUGUAAAGUAGUAAUGAGAAUUUGGUGCUAGAUUAGGAUAACAACAUCUACCUGAUAAGUUUGAAUAUUCUCACUACCUAUUUGCUGGAUAAUGUGAGGAUAUUAUAGAGAGAAGUUUGAUGUUGAUCACUUCUGGGACUUAAAAGGUUAAAGGGUUGAUAAGAUAAUUUAUCAGUACCUGCUGGUAGCAUCAGGAAACAAAACUCUGGAAUUAGUUUAUUGAGGAAGAAUUAAAGAGAAAGGGGAUUAGAAGCCUGGAAAAAUUGGAAAUGAAAGGGUGGAAGAGAAGAGAGAAAAAGGAUCAAAGAGGGAUUACAUGUGCAGAAACAGGAUUUUGUGAGGGUGGAGGGGGGGAGGCAGACAAGGAACAUGGCAAUGUUUGGAAGCUGGAGCUCUAGACACAACAUAUUGCAAUAAACUUAAAUGAAUAAUUUAGCAACUUGAAAGCUUCUUUUAAUCUCUAAUGUGGGUACCAACAUGAACCCUGAUUUUUUUAUGUUGUUAAAAAUUUGCAUCGGUUAACAAUAAUUUUUUUUUAUAAACUAUUUCUUCAGAUCAGCAUCAUCCAUUUACUCUGCUGUUAGCUAAAGAGGCAAAUGUUGUACUGGUGUCUGUUGAGUAAGUAUUCUACCAACUGAGUCUGGAUUUCUACUGAUGUAUGGUUGUACAACAUGAUCUACUAACCUUGAAAGCAAGCUCAUGUUUCUUCCUUUCACCUAUUGCAAAUUUUGUUGUGCUCUAUUCAUUUGAUAAUGAAAAUGAAUCCUAAUUUGAGCUCUUUUUCUUGCAAUGACAGGAUAAAUUCAAGAUAAUAAGGCUUACAACUUACCACUGCUCCAUAUGUCUCUAAACUUUUCAGAUACAGAUUAGCACCCAAACACACUUUCCCAACCCAGUUCCAUGACUGUUAUGUUGUUGUUAACACCUUACUGGCCACUGGAGAAAAAUAUGAUAUUGAUACAAACCAUAUUAUUGUUGCUGGAGACAGUGCUGGUGGUAAUCUAGCAGCUGCAGUUGCUCUCAAGCUUCGAGAUGAGGACAAACACCUGGCAGCUGAGGUAACAGAACCUUUAACCAGCCUUUCAAGACCCUAUUGAUUUCUCUAUGCCAAGAAAGAUACCCUAAAAUAACUUUUUUGCUUAAGUUACGAUGGUAAUCACGAAGACACCAUGGUAACAAAUUUUACUUGUGGUCUUACCAGUGGAAGCAUCCAUUUCUUACAUUACAGAUCUCAACUGGAACUAAGCGUCAAUGAUUGUGUGAUUCUUUUCAACUUUUCUUCUGUUUUGAUUGCAGAUUCUCAUCUACCCUACACUUCAGUUUAUGGACUUUUCACUUCCCUCGUUUGAAAACCAUGACUCUCGGCUCUUGUCAUUGGAACAAUUAGCAGAGUACUGGUCAUAUUACAUGACAGGAACACCUAACAUGGUAUCAUCCUUUUUAGCAAACAAUCACUCCAGGCAUCUUCACAACACAAAGUACUCCUCUUACAUUGGGGUUGGUGAUAGGGGACAGCAAAAUAAAAAAAAGAAGCCAUUAGAUGGAAUUCCAGAGGUUGUUUUAAAUGGUCUGGUGGACUAUAGAGCAUCACCUUUAAUGGCUAAUAGUUUAAAGGGGCUUCCCAAGACAUUAAUCAUCACAUGUGAAUUUGAUAUCUUAAAGGAUGAUGGUCUGUUGUACAGGGCUCGUUUGUUGGAUGCUGGUGUCAAAGUGACCCAUUUAAACUACAUGAGCUACCAUCCUUUUUUGGCAGUUCAAGUGUCACCUUAUUUUGUAACAGAGGAGUUUAAUCAGGCAUUGAGAGAUAUAGUUGACUUUGUGAAAGGGGAGUAAAAAAGUCAAAGUCCGUUUACAAAAAAUGUUAGGACAUCACAUACCAUUUGUCUUGAUUCACAUCUUGAACGAGUAUAACAAAGUAUAAAAGUCUGCUUAAAUUUUUAUUGGAAAACAAUUCUAGGGAAUUGUUUGAGAACAAGAACAUUGCUUGAUACCCCAUACAUCUUGAUUCGUCCACCCAAGAGAAACCUUAUGGACUCUAUAAAAAGAAAGUUAGACAUCCACACAAGAGUAACCAUGGACCAGAUCAGCACUCAGGGUCUUAAAAUAACUAAGAAAAACAUGCUGCCUUUGUUACAAAAUGGUUAGACAUUCUAGUCUUCUCGGAUAAGGACAAAAAUUGAUGGCUCCAUCUCCUGCAUCUUCUCAAUACAGGUUAGCAGGAUGUGUUAACCUUUUAACUCCUAGAGAAGAUUAACAAGUAACUUCUCUCUCUAAUAUCCUUACCUUAUCCAGCAAACUGUUAAUGAAUCAAACUUAACAAGUAGAAGUUGUUUUCUUCAUCUGAUAACAAAUCUUGCAACUGAUUUACAAGGAAAUGCAUGGAAGCUGGAUGGGAAGAAUUAACAGUCAGAUCUUGAGAGUUAAAGAACUGCAAAAAGAAGGGAAUGUAGUUCCCAUUCUGGCCUUGUAUCCCACAAAAAAAUUCUUAAACUGGGGGCACCUAAAGAAUUCCUUUGAAAAUUGUCGACUGCCCAAUGCAGUCUGGCCAAAGUCUCCUGCAAAGUACUGUAGAGUGUAUCAGAACAUAUUCAUUUAUAUGGCGUAAUCUGCAUAUUAUGGAAAAUGCACUAUAGAAAUGCAUCACUGGC